AUGUCGUCAUCAAGCUGCGCGUCGCGCCACGCCCCCCUGGCCUGGCGGGAAACGCGCCGCCACCUCCUUCGGCAGCGACUUGGACCUCAAAAGGCGCAUGCGGCUGUCCGGAGGCCAGACGGUGACGCUGCGGGGAGAGGAACAGCCGGCGGGGCCAGUACGCUACAGAAGCUCGUGCUGCGGCGGAAGAAAGUGCUGAGUGCCGAGGAGAUGGAGCUGUACGAGCUGGCGCAGGCGGCGGGCGGCGCCAUGGAUCCCGACGUGUUCAAGAUCCUGGUGGACCUGCUGAAGCUGAACGUCGCGCCCCUCGCAGUCUUCCAGAUGCUCAAAUCCAUGUGUGCCGGGCAGAGGCUGGCGAGCGAGCCCCAGGAUCCUGCUGCAGUGUCCCUGCCUACAUCGAGCGUGCCUGAGACCCGAGAGGCCUCCUUUCUCUUUGCCAAGAACUGUAGCCCCCCUGCAAGGGCCUCCUUUUCCUCAGCCCUGCGGCCUGCGGCCUCUCCGGUUCUGCACCACAGCCCAGCUGCCACGCACUCGCCUCUCUCUCCAGGGCCCCCCGGUUCCCUCCGGUUCUCUUGCUGCCUGUUCUCUCCUUUUGCAGGGAGAAACAAAAGCAGCACUGCUCUUGGUGGAGGCCCCACUCUGGCAGAACGAAGCUGCCGGGAAGGAUCCAGCCAGAGGAUGCCCCGACAGCCCAGUGCUACCAGGCUGCCCAAGGGGGCAGGGCCUGGGAAGAGCCCCACUCGGAGCAGUACCUGAACCAAGCAGACCACCUGCUAUGGGCUCCACCAGCCUCCUAGCAGAGGUUAUGCAUGAAUUCCCCCAGUUGGUAAUAAACCUUUUGUAAAAAAUUCA